AUGGCUGGGCGGGUGUCCCGCUUCCGCUCCAGCUGGGCACCAUGCCCGCCGUCAUUCACGGACUCGCUCGGCUCCGAGGUCACGCCUCGUCCGAGCUUCAUCGAGUCCGAGGGCUUUGAUGUGCAGUACGAUGAGCCGAGCUUCCUCGAGAAUGCUCUCGCCAGGUGUGUGCCACCGUGCCUCCCGCGGUGUGUCGACGGCGUGGCGGAGCGGCUCUCCGCGCGCGACGCCGAGGCGGACAGGGCGCUCGAGAGGCGGGCCGGCGAGGCGUGGCAGACGCUGGCGUGCGGUCUGCUCGAUCGCGAGCGCACGCAGGCAAGAGCGCCAUACAAGCCCUUGCGCAGCCACGCCCAGCCGACUAACCAAGCGAGCACGGCGGACCUGCUCUCGAUGCUCCCGCCGAUGCGAGACGUAGCCUCGGCGGACCUCCUCAGCAGCAUGCGCCUCUCCACGGUGAGAGGUAAGUGCGUGGAUGAGCUCAUCCAGUCGGACCCCUUUUCCACCGCCAGGGGACUGCAUUGA